AUGAGAGGACUACAGCUCCUCCUCGCGGCGGGGCUCGCCUCGCUGGCAGCAGCCUGUGGUAACCACGGGCACGACGACCACGAGUGGACUGCCGAGGAGCUCGCCGAGCUGGAACACAAAUGGGGUAUGGAGUGGCCCUUCUCGGGAAUAGGCAGUUUUGCGCACCUCCAGCAUACCAAAUGCCUGACAACGCCGUCGGAGCUGUUUGAUAUUGCCAUUAUUGGCGCCCCGUUCGACACGGCUGUGAGCUACAGGCCAGGCGCAAGGUUCGGCCCACGUGCCAUCCGUCAGGCCUCAUCGCGGCAGACGAGCUUCAGGGGCUUCAACCCCAGGGCCAACAUCAACCCAUAUCAGAACUGGGCCAAGAUCAUCGACUGCGGCGACAUCCCCGUCAUGCCCGUCGACAAUGCUGUGGCUGUGCUGCAGAUGACAGAGGCCUUCACAGAGCUGGGCAGCCGAUCGCCUGUGUCGCCUCUCCUGCAGAAGCCCAAGCUCAUCACCCUCGGUGGUGACCACAGCCUUGCCCUGCCGGCACUGAGGGCUCUGAAUAAGGUUUAUGGGAAACCCCUGCGGGUGUUGCACUUUGAUGCCCACCUCGAUACCUGGCACCCAGCCAAGUACCCCAGCUCCUGGCCCUCUGACCAGGCCCACUUCACUCAUGGCUCCAUGUUCUGGCUCGCCGGCCAGGAAGGACUGCUGAUCAACGACACCACCCGCCCCUCGGUGCACGCAGGCCUGCGCACCCGCCUGUCCGGCAACGGCUGGGACGAUUUUGACGACGACACCUCCCAGAAUUGGGUGCGCGUCGUGGCCGACGACAUCGACGACCUCGGCACCGCGGGCGUGAUCAAGACCAUCCUCGAUGCUAUCCCAGUCGACGACCCCGUGUAUCUGUCCAUCGACAUUGACGUGCUCGACCCGGCGUUUGCGCCUGGUACAGGCACCCCGGAGCCUGGUGGCUGGACCACGCGCGAGCUGAUCCGUAUUCUGCGGGGAAUUGAGGGUCUGAACGUUGUCGGGGCCGAUGUGGUCGAGGUCUCGCCGGCGUACCAGGGCCAGGGGGAGGAGACGGCGCUCGCGGCUGCACAGGUCGUCUACGAGAUCUUGAGCUCGGUUGUCAAGAGGGGGAUGGAGGAGAUGGGGAAGGAGGGAGCGGCCGAGGCGGUUGAGGAUACCAAGGACGUUAGAGAUGAGUUGUGA